AGAACAUAUUAACAGCCUUCGCCUUCGUCCCUUGAUCCUCACCCCCGACCCAAUCUUUAUUCCUACCUUGUGGGCCACGUAACUCAACCGGGAUAAUGUCUGGAGAAAAGCGACCCGCUCAGACGGCAUUCGGCUCGUCUAACCAGGUCGUCGUGAAACGAAAGAAGUCGGACGCCGAUCUCAACGAGGGCACAGCUGUUGUUAAAAGCUCCUCGCAAAAUGGAGCUCUGAUACAAUCGGUUCCCCGCACCAGUGGGCUGGAUGCACCGAUUAUGGAGCUAUCAGGCCAUUCAGGCGAGAUCUUCUCUGUGCGAUUUGACCCUACCGCGCAGCACAUAGCGUCCGGCUCAAUGGAUAGAAACAUCCUGCUUUGGAAUACAUACGGACAAUGCGAAAACUACGGCGUUCUUUCGGGCCACCGAGGGGCCGUUCUUGACCUGCAGUGGUCUCGCGAUUCCAAGACGAUUUUCUCCGCGUCGGCCGACAUGACACUUGCAAGCUGGGACUUGGAAACGGGGCAGAGAAUUCGCCGCCACGUCGGUCACGAAGAAAUAAUCAACUGCCUCGAUAUUAGCAAAAGAGGGCAGGAGCUCUUGGUGAGCGCAAGCGAUGAUGGCUGUGUAGGAAUCUGGGACCCGAGGCAAAAGGAUGCUGUUGAGUACCUAGAGUCUGAAUUGCCCAUUACUGCGGUGGCCCUGUCGGAGACGGGGAAUGAAAUAUACAGCGGUGGUAUCGACAAUACCAUCCACGUCUGGGACCUGCGCAAGAAGGCCGUGGCUUACUCGAUGGCGGGGCACAUGGACACCAUUACCUCUCUUGAAAUCUCGCCCGACUCGCAAACUCUCCUAUCCAACUCCCACGACUCGACCGUCCGUACCUGGGAUAUCCGACCAUUUGCGCCGACGAAUCGGCACAUUAAGACCUAUGACGGCGCCCCCGUUGGUCUGGAGAAGAACCUCAUCCGUGCAAGCUGGGAUCCGAGUGGCGAGAAAAUUGCCGCAGGAAGCGGUGACCGCAGCGUGGUUGUGUGGGAGACCAAGACCGGUAAACUUUUGUACAAGCUUCCCGGCCACAAAGGAACUGUCAACGACGUGCGGUUCUCGCCCAACACCGAACCUAUCAUUGUUUCCGCAUCGUCUGAUCGGGGUCUUAUGCUGGGUGAACUCGGCAAGUGAUGCUACUUCAGAUCUUGCAAAUUAAUAGCGGACCGAGGACCCAUUUCAUCACCGCGGCGUUUGUUUUGAUACCACCCAAUGCAUGACUGAAUCCAAAUUUCCACGAGCUCGCGGGUAACCGGGCACUCUCACGACAACGGAGACGACUAUUUCAUAAGCUAUCUAAAAGGAGACAUGUAUACCAACGAACCGUUGUAUACGAUUGCUCCUCAAGCAUGGAGGGUCAAUGGCUCAUAGUAUAGGCCCACCGGGGUCUAAAAAUUAGCCCUUCGUUCUUGUCGAGGCAUGCAUUUUUACAUUGUGAUUUACAAUGCAUCUUCAAAUAUAACUAAUCGGACAAGAUUAGUAGAGCAACGGCGACCGAGGAGCUUCCA